CGCUUCCCAGGAACAAGCGGUAUCCAUCUCACCACAACCGAUACGAAAAUCCCCAAAAACCUAACCUCCCAAACCGUUUCCCCUCUCUCUCUCACCCAUAUAAACCCCUUCAUCAUCUCAACAACGCUCCACCAAAAAAAAAACCCCUUCAUCUUCACAACCAAAAAAAUAAAUCAAAAUGAACAACAACAAUAAUAACAACCAUAACCGAAAAGACAUGGAUCGUAUAAAAGGUCCAUGGAGCCCCGAAGAAGACGAAGCUUUACAGAAACUCGUUGAACGUCACGGUCCUCGUAACUGGUCACUCAUCAGCCGUGCUAUUCCCGGCCGUUCUGGAAAAUCGUGUAGACUCCGUUGGUGUAAUCAACUUUCUCCUCAAGUUGAGCAUCGGGCUUUUACACCUGAAGAAGAUAAUUUAAUUAUCAGAGCCCAUGCUCAGUUUGGUAAUAAAUGGGCCACAAUAGCCCGAUUACUUUCCGGCCGAACAGAUAACGCUAUCAAAAACCAUUGGAAUUCAACUUUGAAGCGUAAGUGUUCUUCCUUUAUGAAUUCUGAUGAUCCAGCUUUUGAUCCUCAACCGCUUAAACGUUCUGCUAGCGUCGGUGCUCCCGGGAGUCCAUCGGGAUCCGAUUUAAGUGAUUCAGGUGUUCAAACUGUUUUUCGUCCUGUUCCGAUUCGUUUACCUGUGGAGAGAAUUACUACAUCGGAAGUGGCGGUGGCGGUGGCGGAGGAAGAGGAGGAUGACGGUGGUCCGUUAACUUCGCUUUCGCUUUCUCUUCCAGGUGUGGAGAGUUCUGAUCGAUCUGCGGCGGUGGCGAUAAGUGUGAAUCCGAUAACGGCUGUAACGGCUUCGGUUGCGGCGAAAGUCGGAGCGUUGAAUUUGAGUGGGGAGUUUAUGGCGGUUAUGCAAGAGAUGAUAAAGAAUGAAGUGAGGAGUUACAUGGAAGAGCGUAAUAAUGGAAUGUGUUUUCAAGGGGUUGAUAGGCUUAGAAAUGUUUCUGCUAAGCCAAUUGGGAUUAACCGGGUUGAUUCUUAAUUAGAAUGGAGUAAUUAGUGUUAAUUAAUUAAAAAAUCAAGAAGGAAAAAAGGAAGUCUUUUUUUCUUGUUUUUUUUUUCAUUAUGCAAAUAAUUUUGGCCAAUGUACAGAGGAGAAUGAGUUAGUUGGGAAAUGGAAGUUUAUUUUUAGUAA